AUGUUGUCUUUAUUCUCUAAAGGACUAGUUCGUGGUCGUGUUGCUAGUAAUACUACUGGUGUCAACAUUGGUGGUCGACCAACAACCUCUAUCAUUAGAUCUUAUGCAACAACAACUUCAGAACAAAAACAACAACAACAAGUUGUUGGUCAAAGUUUAAGAGGAAAAGAAAGAUUAAAAACAAAUUUAAAGGUUGGUGAUAAGCUGCAUGGUUUCAGUGUGGUCAAUGUUCAAGAUGUACCGGAGAGACAGUUCAAUACGUUUAGAUUGAAACACGAUGUAACCGGUGCAGACUAUCUACAUAUCGAUUGUGAAGAUAAGAACAAUGUAUUUGCUGUGACUUUCAAGACUACACCGUUCGAUUCGACCGGUGUCGCUCAUAUCUUGGAACACACUACGCUGUGCGGCUCCAAGAAGUAUCCGAUGCGUGACCCUUUCUUCAAUAUGCUGAAGCGUUCACUCAACACCUAUAUGAAUGCCUGGACUGCACCCGACCACACUUCCUACCCGUUCGGCACACAACACGAGAAGGACUACUACAACUUGCUCUCGGUCUACCUCGAUGCCACCUUCUUCCCGCUGCUGACAGAGUCGGACUUUCGUCAGGAGGGUCACCGGCUGGAAUUCGAACAACUCGACAAUCCAGAGUCAAAGUUGAAAUUCAAGGGAAUCGUAUUCAACGAGAUGAAGGGAGCGCUGUCCGAUCCAUCGGGAUACUUCUCAGAGAUCGCUCAACAGAGUCUCUACCCGGGAACGACCUAUGCUCACAACUCUGGUGGCGAUCCCAAGGAUAUUCCGGCGCUGAGUUACCAACAACUAAAAGAUUUCCACGCCACUUACUACCACCCCUCCAACGCAUUCUUUUUCACCUAUGGUGAUCUGCCUGUGGAGCAACAUCUGCGCUACAUCGAGGAGAACGCACUCCAACAUUUCAAGUCACCGAAACAAGUCGAUAGCAAAGUGAAUCAUGUACAGCGUUGGGACAAACCACGUCGUAUUACCGUUACAUGUCCACCGUCGGCAAUGGAUGUCAACCCAGAACGUAAACACAAACUGUCGAUCUCGAUACUGCACAAGGAUAAUACAGAUAUCUUUGAGGGUUUGUCUAUGAAUGUCUUGUCGAAUCUCUUGAUUCGUGGAUCUAAUACACCGAUGUAUCAAGCAUUGCUCGAGAGUGGAUUGGCGCUGGACUACACUCCCAACACUGGAUUCGACGAUAACCUUCAUGAGAGUAGUUUCGGUGUCGGUGGAACCGGUAUCAGAAAGGAAGAUCUCGAAAAAGUCGAACAGACUAUCAUUUCAACCAUGGAGAAAGCAUCGCGUGACGGAUUCGAUUCCAAUGUAAUUGAAUCGAUCUUACAUCAAUACGAAUUUGGACAGAAGGAUGUUUCGGCAUCACUUGGUUUGAAGUUGGUCGGUGGUUUGCAAUCCAAUUGGAUUCAUGGUGGUAAUCCAAUUAAUCGAUUGUUCCUCAAUGAAAACAUUGCUAGAUUGAGAAAGGAAAUUGCAGCAGGUCCAUUCUUCCAAAAUAAACUUAGACAACUCUUGGAUAAUCCACAUCGUUUGACCAUUACAAUGUCACCGGAUGACACCCAACAAGCUAGAGAAGCCGCCGAGGAGGAGAAUGUUCUCUUGGGAAUCAAGAGCAGCUUGGAUAGCAAACAAGUGGAAACCAUUGUGGAACAAGCUAAAGAUUUACAACAACGUCAGAGUCAGCAACAAGAUGUAAGUAGUCUUCCGAAACUAUCGAUUUCCGAGAUUGAAAAGAAACAACAAAAGACACCGUUCAUCGAUGAGAAGAUAGGAUCGACUGACCUCAGACUCUUUGACUUCCCAACGAAUGGUAUCACCUAUUUCCGUUCGAUGAUUGACAUCUCCACACUCCCAGAGGAUCUCAAGAUGUAUGUACCAUUGUUUUGUAGUUUGUUCGAGUCAAUGGGUGCAGCGGAACUCGACCACAAACAACUCGACACUGAAAUCAAUUUGUACACUGGAAGAAUGAAUGUAUCACCAAUGAUUUCCACCUCACCUUUCAAUUUGGAUUUGGUUGCCGAACGUAUCUAUAUUAAAUCGGCUGCCAUCAAUAGAAAUAUCGAAAAGAUGUUUUCACUUUUGAAAAAAAUGAUGUUGGAAAAUCGUUGGAACAAUCCCGAUCUUCUUAAGAAUCUACUUGGACAAAUGCAAUCGUCGAUGAUCGAAGGAAUCACAUCGUCUGGACUGUCAUAUGCUCGUACCUAUUCAUCAUCACAGUUCUCAAGAGCCGGUCAACUCAGUGAGAAAUGGCAUGGUCUUACACACGUUAAGUUUACAAACGACAUCAUUGCCAAGAAUGAUCUCAACGACAUCAUUGCCAAGUUGAUUGCCAUCAACAAGUUUAUCCUCGAUCGUUCAUUAAUGAGAUGUUCAAUCACCACCGAAAAAGAUACAACGGAGCUGGCAAAACAACAACUCUCAAUGUUCCUCCAACAAUUCAACGAGAAUCACACAUCGAUGGUGAACAACGAAUUCCAAAAAUCCGACAACACUGGCUCUUCAUUGCCACACUAUUUCGCAAUUCCAGCAACUGUUAAUUAUAUCUCAAAAAGCUAUCAGGGUGUCAACUAUUCACACGAGGAUUCAGCACGUCUCGAAGUUCUCUCAAAGGUUCUCUCAGAGUACCUACACAAAGAGAUCAGAGAAAAAGGUGGAGCCUAUGGUGGAGGUGUAUCGUAUGCCAGUGGAUCCAUUGGAUUCUACUCGUAUCGUGAUCCAAAUCUUGCCAAGACCAUCAAUGCAUUCAAUGAAUCGAUUGAAUGGUCACAAGACAAGAUCACACUUGAAAACGUUGAAAAUGCUCAACUCUCGAUUUUCGCUGAUUUCGAUGCACCAGAAUCACCAUCGAAUAAAGGUGUUGCUGAAUGGAUGAGAGGUAUUACAGAUGAAAUGAAACAACAACGUAGAGAUAGACUUUUAAGUAUAAACAAGAAUCAACUUGAAGAGGUUUCUGCUAAAUAUUUAAAUCCACAAAAGACUUCAUAUACAACAGUACUUGGUAAACCAGAUACUGAAAUUAAAGGUCUUUCGAAUAAAGAAUGGGAAUAUAAAGAGUUAAACUAA